AUGGAGAGGGUUAUCAAGGCAGUCAUUGUACCAUGUCCAAACGUCCAGUUUGGUUGCAAACAGAAAUUUUCUUACGGAGAAGAUUUAACUCAUGCGAAGGAAUGUACUUUCUCGCUAUGUUCAUGCCCUGCACGGAGUUGUAAGUACACUGGCUCUUAUAAGGAUCUAUACUCUCACUUUAAAAUUCACAAAGGUGAACGCGGAUAUAGUUAUCGGUUUACUUUUGGAGAUAAAUUCGCUGAAGUAUACUUUGAAUUGACUGAGUACACUUCAGUUGUUAUGAAGGAAUGUAAAGAUGGUCUAUUGUUUGUUGUUCACUGUUUCACUGAGCCACAUGGUGUUUAUGUGACUGUAAGCUGUAUUGCUCCUUCUGCCUUGGAAGUUGGUGAGUUCUCCUGCCACAUCUCAACCGUUGUGGAAAAAUAUAAUAUGACGUUUGAUUUGCCAAAGGUCAAGAAAAUUCAGAAAUUGAAUUUCUUAACCCCUGAAGAAGAUUUAUGUUGGUUCCCACCUAUUUCUUGCAUGGACGUCAAGCGUUGA